AUGAUAAAUCUAAAUGGAAACUUAAUAGAUGCUGUCUAAUAAGAUAAUUUAAUCUAUAUUUUGUUUUUAUCAAAUGACCAAGGUAUAGUUGCUACAUUAAAUCCUCUGAAUUAAGAAAUCAACUAUUAAUAAACUUAGUUACAAUGUACUUAAUAUUAAUUUAGUGGUUAAUAACUUACUUGCUUUGAUGAAGGAGAAGACAAAUUUACUUAGUUAAAUAUUUUCAGUUUCAAUUAAAUUAGUUUUAACUAUGAAACAGAUAACAUAGUAAUAGUUUCAAGUUUUGCAUAAAAUGAUUUGUAAUAAAAUUAAUAGUAAUAAAACAGUGAUAGAAUAUUAGAUACAAGAAAUAAUAAUGAUGGAAAGUUUUUUGAAAAAGAUCAGUUUAGAAAUCUAAAGUCCGAAAAAAUUAAUUUUGAGCCUUAGCCCAAUCAAGAAAAAAUAUUGAUAAAACCAUUAGAAGUUCCUUUUUUAUAGUAUAAAUAAAUUAAUUUAAAUAUAGUUGAGUAUUAAUUCAAAUCAUAUAAUGAAAUUAAUAAAGUAGUUGUUUUUACACCAUAAUAUACUACAUUGUAUUAUUUAGAUGCUUCUAAUCCAAAUAAUCCUUUAUUAGCUGCUAAUUUAAUAAAUAUAACUAGUGUAGUAUGCUAAAAUUAAAUUAAUAACAUAAUAACACUCGUUUUAUCUUAAGAUUAUACUAAUUAUUAUAGUUACUUAGCAAAUAUACAGUAUAAUUUAUCUUCUUCUUAAUACAAUAUCUAAAUGAUAAGAAAAUUAGAUUAUAGUUAAGGAAAUUUAAAGUUAUGUCUUAUUGAUAAUUAGACUCUUUUAACUGUUGUAGCAAAUAAAUUAGGAUGCUAAAUUUAUAAUUUGAAUAAUUCAGAUACCAAUUUGUAAUUUAGUUAUAAUUUUACUCUGCAAAAUAAUUUAAUCAUAGAAUAGGCAUUAAUAAUUGAGCGUUCUUUCAUAAUUACUAUAAUUUAAUUUAAUCCAAUUAACGCUUUAAUAAAAAUUGUUCCUUAUGAUCAAAAUGGAUUUUAAACUAAAAAUGCUGUUAAUUAUCAAAUUUCGAUAAACUAUUUUGGUUAAGUUUCAUUAAUAACGUCAUUAUUUUAUGAUUAAUAGAAUCAGAUAUUUUAUAUUUCAAAUUAAUAUGAAAUUGAAAUAAUACCAACUGAUCCAAAAUAGCAAAAACUUUAUGCCAAUGUUUAAGGUAGUAAAAUGAUUUUAAAUUAUGGUAACUUAAUAGACCUUCAAUAUUCUGAUAUCGAUGGAGCCACAUACCUUACUUACGAAUUUGGCUUUAGCAUUAUUUAUGAUGAUUUUAAAAAGCAACCAUUUACAAAUUACGUCCAUAAAUAGAUCAAAAUGUCAUAAAUAUUUGGAGGAUACUUUUUCUUAAUAAGCGAUUAUGGUUGCAUAAUUGUUGAUACAAAAUAUAAAAGUUUAUUAACUUUUAACAUUGACUCCUCUAACAUUAGAAAAUUAGAAUUUAAAUCAAAUAAUUAUUAUGCUUUAGCUGUGUAUAAAAUUAAAAAAUCUUAAUACUUAAUUUUCAUUAUUUAAGGAUAUAAUUAAAUUUCUUCAUAUUAAUUUGCUUCUGAUCCAAAUUUUGGAAACUCAUCAUUUUUUUAAAUUGGUAACAGAAUUAUUUCAUAACUCGAAAAAGGUAUUUUUAGAUAGUAUAUAAUUUAAGCAUAAUAACUAUACAAAGAGGAUUAGUUUUCUGGUAAAACUAUAGAUAACCAUAGUUUAAAUAAUUAAAUUGUCUAAAAAAAAGGUUAAAUUAGUUAACUAAUUACUUUUAAUUAUGAUACCUAGUCUAUGAUGUAUUACGAUUAUACAACGGAAGCUAAUUUACCAUAGCUAAUGACUAUAUGUAACUUAAAUAUCUAUACUAAUACUAUUUAUAAAUAAUCAGGUUCUAUUUUAUCAUUUUUAAAUUUACUAAAUCACAAAUUGCUAGAAGUCAAAAAUUCUUAAACUCAAGUAUCAUGCUUAACAUAACAAGCUAAGAAUUAUUAAAUCAUAUUAUCAAAUGGAGUUUUAUAUAGAUAUAACUUAACUGAUUUUAGCAAUAUAGUUUUAUCCUCUCAAUAUUAAGCUUUAAAUCUUUUUAUUAUUAAUGAUGCUCUUUCUAACUUUCUAAAAAAUGAAAAAUAAUUCCUUGUUUUAAAUAUCAAUAAUAAUCAAACUGUGAUUUAUGAUACAGACACAAUGAUGCUAAAAUAAACAGUUUUAAACGUAGAUAAAGAUGACAAAAUAUACUAAGCUUUUGGUUAAAAUUAAAUUGCUUUAUUUAAUAGUACAUAUGCAGCUACUAUUUAUGAUAACAGCAAUGCUUUUACUUCUUUCUGUUUAAUGUGCAAACUAAGUAACUUUAGUACUUGUGUAGGCACUGAUCCUGUAAUCAAUUUUGGCUUAGUAAUUAUUGAAAAAGAUAUCUAUGUUUUAAUUUAGACCUAAGAUAAUUAAUUUUAACUAUUAAACUAAUAUAAUUAAACAAUAAGAGGCUAUUAUAACUAUACAGCAGUUAUUUUUUCUUAAGAAAUAGAAACAUUUAUUAUUUAAGACUCUAAUAAUAAUUAACUUUUGGCACACUAGCCUAAGAGUGAUAAACACGUUAAAUUCUAAAAUAGUUUAAUAGAUUCGUUAUCUAAAAUAACAAAUGAUUUUAUAUUAAUCGAAUAAAUAAAUUGUUUAGUAAUUUAGUUUUCAAAUUAUGAUAAGCUUGCUGUCUAUAACUAUGAAAAAUCAUAAUUUUACUUGAUUAAUAUAAAUAUAAAUAAACAAUUUUACUCUGUUUAUUUAUAUUAAGAAGCAAGUAAUAUUUUAGCAUUAGAUAAUUACUCUAUUUAUAUACUCUAAUUAUUUGAAACAAGCUUUAAAUACUCUUAAUAUAUCUAAGAUAGCUAUUUUUAAACAUUUUUACCACAAAAUAAAAAGACUGUAAGAUCUAUUUAUUAUAAUUUUGCCUCAGAUAUUAUAUAUAUAUAUAAUGAUGAAGAUAGUGUGUCUGGUUUCAAGAUUCAACCAGUCUUUUAACAAAUUUGCUAAAUACCAACAGAAAAAAUAUUUAUUUGUUAAAUUUCUUCUCUAACAAAGUAAAUGAUUUUGGUUUCAUAGACUAAAAUAUAUGCUAUAGAUUUUAAUAAAUGCUCAGUGAUUAAAAAUUCAUCUCAGGAACUUAAUAAUUUAAUAAGUACAAAUCUAGAUGAAUAAAAUAAGCUGCUAAUAGAUCCUUAAAAAGAUUUAGUUUACUUAAUUAAUAGUCCAUAUUUAAGUGUUUAUUAACUUUCUAAUCUACAAUUUUUAUUAGGUUAUCAAUACGGAAGCAAUAAAAUAUAAUUAAUUCCUUAAAUUAUUGAACAGACUAACGAAAUACUUAUCUAUUAUAAAGGUGUUAUUUUAAAUUUUGAUAUUAAUUUAUCAUUGUUUGGAAAAUAAGAGUUUAAUAAUAAACUCAGAAUUAAAAAUUAUUUUGAAUUUAAUAUAGACAAUAAUUAGUAUUAUGUUGUGUUAUAUUAAAAUACAGGAAUCAUUCAAGUUAAAGAUAAAGAAUUAAAAAAUAUUCUCUAUUUCAAGCUGUAAAUUCCUUUAACUCUAAACGGCUUCAACUUAUUAAUGAAUAAAAUUAAUAACACUACAUUAAUAAUAUUCUUGCCAAACUAACAAAUUUAAGUUUUUGAUAUAACUUAAAUGUAAAUAAUAUAAAACAUUAAUUUAUAAUUUUAGUGUCAAGCAAUUAAAUUUUAAUAGCAAAACUCAUAUUGCUAAGUUGGCUAAACAUAGAUUUUUAAGCUUCAAAAUAAUUUCUCAUUUGAUUAAAUAUUUCAAAUUAGCUAAUCUAAUGGCAAAAUUAUUGAAUAUUAUAUUCUAUCAGAAGAUUUAUUAGCAAUAAUUACCGAUAGUUAUUAGCUAUUCAUAUAUUCUCAAUAAUAUUAAUUACAACAAGUUGUAAAUACAAAACUUUAGAGGAAUUCAUAAGUUAAAUUAUUUAAUCACACUUAUCUUGCAGUAAGCUCAACAUAAUCUCUAGAAAUUUUUAAUAUUACUCUAACUUCUAUGGAAAUCAAUCCAAAUAACUUGUUGCUUUAGAUAAAUGAAUAGAAUUAAAUGCAAUCUUUUACAAUAAUGACUUAGUUUAAUAAUCCAUUGUUAAUUUAUUCUUCAAAUUAUCAAGCCUAUGUUUAUGAUCUUGCAUAGUAAAAAUUAAUGUGCUACCUUUAGAAUGCAUAACAAUUCGGUCAAAAAUUUGUAUAUGAUGAAAAUUAUUUUUACAUCUUAGGAUUUUCAAAUGUAAUAAUAUAUGAUAUACUAUCAUUCAAUUAUAUUAACUACUACAAUCAAAACUCAUUUAAACACUCUUAAAUAGUAGACAUCUAAAGAAUCUAUCAAGAUUAUUUUAUUUUGAUUUAAAAAAGCGAAAUACAAAUUAUUAAAGUCAAUAUUAAAAACUCAGAUUUGGUUUAAAGCUUCAAGGAUAUCCCUUAGCCUGAAGAAUUCAGUUUUAAAUUAUUAUUUGAUAAUUUUAAUAAGCUAUCUGAGAUAAAUAUUUAAGUGAUCAGCUCAGAUGCAAAAAUGAAUUUAUUUACUUACAGUCUUAAUUAAACCUCUUUUUAGUAAAAUUAAAUUUCAUAAAUCGAAGUCACUUAUGGAAAUUAAGUUGAAGAGUAUUAUUAAACAAGUUAAAGGUUACAGCUGAGGGUAUCUGACCUUAAUGGCUAAUUAGGAGCAUAUAUUAUUUCAAUAUAGAAAUAACUUUAAGACAUCGAAAUUCCUCAAAUAAAGUUAUAUUAAAAUAUCAUCUCUCCAUUAACUUUAUUAAAAUACAAAACUCUAAUAGAUGGAAUAGAAACAAAUUAAUAAUUUUCAAAUGUUUUACUUACAAGUAAUAAUUUUUUAACACAGAAAAUAUAAGAUUAAAAAGAUUAAUAUCUUUCAAAGUUGGCAUUUAUUUAAUUAAAUAUAAAAGUAAAUAUCACUUCAUAAGAUGUUGAACUAAAUAAAUAUGGAUCGCUCAAUUAUUUAUUAUUAGAUUAAGUUAAUCUAAUAUUCUUUAAUUAUUCUUCUACAUUAUUCGUUAGCAAUAUCACUUAAAUAAUAAUUUAAAGUAUGACCAUUCAAGAUUAGUACUUGAUUAGAAAUUAAUCAGUAAUAAAAAUAUAAAAUUCUUAGAGUGUACUAAUUGAAUAAUUAGAUAUAAAAAAUAUAAAUUUAGUUUUUGAAGAAAUAAGUCAGGACACCUAAAAUAGUUUUAUUACAUUUAAUAAUAUAACUAACAUUUACAUUAAUUAUCUGAAUAUCUAAAACUUAAAAUGGAAAGGAAAAAUUAUUUAAAUACUCUUUUCAAGUAAUAUAACCAUAAAUAAUUUAAUUAUUGAUAAUUCAAAAUUCUAAUAAUAUAAUUUAUUUGAAUUUAUUAUGCUUGAUAAUUUAGAAAUAAAAAACUUGAUUUUAACAAAUAUUUCCUACUUUAGUUAAUCGAAAAGAAUUAUGGAAACAGAAUAACCAUAACGCAUUUCAAGAAUAAUUUAUCUUUAAGGAGUUUAUAAAUCAAUAUUUUAAAAUAUUUAAGUCAAUCAAUUUAAUAACACUGGGUUACUAUUUACAGAAUAAUUCUAAAAAAAUGAUGUAUAUUUAUUUUACAAUUCAUAUUUAAAUUUUAAUAAACUUACUAUCUAAAAUGUGACUAUUGAUUAAGAUUUUAGCUAAAUGAGCAUACUUUUAGAAAUAAAAGCAUUGAAUUGCAUUUUUUAAAAUUUCAAGUCAGAAUACUUAACAUUAAAUGGAAUAUUUGCCUAGAUAGAAGCUAAAAAUUAAAUCUAAAUUACAGAUUCAAACUUUGCACAUUUUCAAUUUACUAAUUCAAAAGUAGGAGGAAUGUUUAGUAUUCAAAGUAUGAAUUUGUUUUUGAAUAAUACUAUCUUUAAAAAUAGUACCUCUUUAGGGUUUGCAAAUGCUCUUUAAAUAUUAUCAACCUAAAAUUUAUGGAUAUAAUACUGUAAAUUUAUCAAUUUAACUUGCAGCUCCAUUCCAAAAGUAUCAUCAUAGUAAUCGGCUGGAGCUAUAGAAAUUAAUUAAGCAGCUCAAGCUUAUUUAAAAUUUAAUACAUUUAAAAGCUGUGUUUCUUAAAGCUCAGGAGGUUCUCUAUAUAUAAGUUUGCCAAAAUAAUAAAGUUUUAUAAUCAUAGAUCAAUGCAUAUUUGAAAAUAAUUAUUCUAAAUUAAAGUCUGGAGGUGCAAUUUUUGUAGAAAAUUCAUAUAAUAUAACGGUUAUUUCAAGUACAUUUAAUAGAAAUUAAGCAAAAUCUGAAAAAGGAGGAGCUAUAGCAAUCAUGAAUUCUAAUUUGUUUAUUCUAUAAGAUACUAUAUUUGAAGAAAAUGAAUCAUUGAUAGGUGGUGCUAUUUGGUAUGAUUAAUACAGCUCAAUAAAAAUUUCAAAAGAAGUAAAAUACUCUAACAACUCUGGAAUAUGCUAUGGCUAGAAUUUAGGCUCUCGUCCCAGAUCUAUUCAGAGAGUAACAUAAACCAAUAAAAUAAUAUUAAAUAAUGAUAUUACAGGUGUAUCUAGUGGUAAUUAGUUAAAUAACAUGGAGUAUUUUAAUUUUUUUGAUGAAGAAAAUAAUCCAUUAAAAUGUAUAGAUAUUAAUAGCAUGUAGUAUUAGCCUUCUUCUGUAAUUAAUGAAGAAAUAAAUAAUUAUAAUAUUUAAAUUGAUACCUAAAAGACACAAAAUAUUUUGGUGAAAUAAUAAUAAAUGUUAAUUAAGAAUAAUAUACAUUAAUUAUAUGAGUUCAAUCCUAUAAUAUUAUUUAAGUAAUAUAUGAACUAAACUCUAUAUAUCGUUUCAAACAAUGAUAAUCUCUAAAUGUAAAUUUAAAUAAGAUUUAGAGUAUGUGGAGUGGGAGAAAUCGUUUAAGUUGAUUCUGGUUUUGUUACGUGUUACUUAUGUCCAUAAGAUAGAUAUUCCUUAGUUAUACCAAAUAUGGAGACAGAUUAGAACAAGUUAAAUUGUUUAAAAUGUCCUAUAUAGGCUAAGAGCUGUUCAGGAAAUACCAUCAUACUUAAUAAUGGCUAUUGGAGGAUUAAUAAAUUGUCUGAUGAAAUUUAUACUUGCAACACAAAAGGAUGUAUAGAAGAUAGUUUAAGCAGUAAAUUUGGAUGUGAUAAAGGAUAUAUUGGUCCUCUAUGUGAUUCUUGCGAUAGUAAAGGAGAAAUUUGGAAUGAGCAUUUUGGUAAAAAGAAUAAUGAUGAGUGUUUACCUUGCAAAUAAGCUCUGUCUUAAUAUCUUUAUUUUUUUGCUCUUAUUUUAUUUUAUAUUUUUUACAUCACAAACAGCAUCAAUAGCUAAUUCAAUAAGAAAAUGAUACUUUUUAAGCUAGAUGUUUUGAGAAAAAUGGAUCUUUUUAUAACCAGUAAGUCAUGCUCGUAGGGUUAAGAUUUAUAUUUGUGGAUCAAGAUUUUCAUAAACUAUUUUCAAAUAUUUCAAAUAUUCUUUUUAUUCACUGCUAAUAUUCCUUAAUAAAUUGAGUAAAUAAUAAAUCUUUUUGGUGAACCUGUUAAAAUGACUGUGGCUAGUUUAGAUUGUUUGUUCAUUAUGACAGAUAAAUUUCCACUUUGGUUUUUUAGAAUUAUUGUUUAAAUCAGUUCUGUAUUUAUUUAAUAUUUAUUGAUAUCUUUGAUUGCAUUCUAUAUCUUUAAAAGAAAGAAGUUAAAGCUGAACUUAGUUGGAUAAAAAAAAUUUAUUUUCAUGAUGGUAUUUGGAUUCUUUUACUUAUUUUACUAACCUUCAAUAUCAAAGUUACUGUUAUAGGGAUUGUUUUGUAGAUAAAUAGCUUAAAAAUAGUAUUUAAUUGCUUAACUUAACUAUGAAUGCUAUUCAGAUACCCAUUUGAUCUACAUAUUUACUAUUAUUAUUCCUUUCCUUUUCAUAUGGUGCGUUUGUAUACCCUUUUAUUAUUAUAGAAAACUAAAAGCAUUUUAAAAUUCACCUAAGCUAAGUAAUAGAUAUGAAUAGAUAUUAACUCAUGGUAUAUUGUAUAAAAGCUAUAAAACAUAAUAUGCAUAUUGGGAGAUAAUUAAAAUACUUAAAAAAUUAUUGUUGAUGAUAUUAAUAAAUACUUAAUUGAGCCCAAUCACCUAGAUUAUAUUUAUAUAAAUUAUUUUAUUAUUUUAUUAAUAUUUUUAAAUAACCUUAUCUCCAUUUUAAAAUUAGUAACAAUAGAAUUGUGAAAAGUUUUUGAUUUUAAGACUCAAUUAUAGCUUUAUUGUUUUAGGUUUUAUCAUUUAAGAUAGUUAAGAUACUGUUUUCAGUGUAUUAAAAGUUUUAAGUUAUAUUAGCUUAGCUGUUAUUAAUCUCUAAGUUUUGUUUAUGUUAAUAUAUAUAACUUUUAAUAACAUAGAAAUAAAACAGAUAUAUGGGUAAAAUAAUGUAAGUAAAAUUACCUAGUUUAUAAUAAUUAUGAAAAGAUAUUUACCAUAUUUGCUGUAUUUUAUUAGAAUUAGAAGAGUGAGCUAUAUAAGAGUACAUAAGUUGUGGAAAAAAGUAAUUAUCAAAUUUAGAAAAGUAAAUAUCUCAAAGUUAAAGGAAUCAUAAGAAUUUAAAAUAUUUUCAGAAAGUAUAUAAUAAUAAAAUGAUAAAGGAAAAAUUUAAGAAAAAUAAUCAUUUAAAAAUACAGAGUAUUAAAUUAAUAAGCAAUACUCUGAAUCUAAAGCUUUUAAGGAUGACUUAAUUUUAUGUUACCAAACAACAAAAAAUGACAAAUAGUUAAUCUUUGAUUCUCAGCUUAUUUAGGAAUUAGAUUAACAAGUAAAUCUUCCAAUUUCUCCAGCUAUGAAUUACUUUUAUAAUAAGAAAACAAAAAAUUAUUGA